UGUCCCUCAGUGACGUGGCAAAUUAGUAUCUGGAGACAGCUCCAUGGUAACAGUAACGAGAGGGUGGGGAUUUGAGGGAAGCACCUUACACCGGUGUGGACUAAAUUACCUUUGAACACGUGUAGAGUUGGCAGCGGUCAUUCUGUGCACUUUGUUUACUUUAUGGAGGGGCUCUACAUUUAUGGGGUACAAUUUGCUGAAAAGCUACAGACAGGACUGCAAGGGCUAGAUGGCUUGCUGCUGGCUGUUAGUAGUCUCGGGGAUCCGAAGACUUCUUUUUUGUUGUUCUUCCCGGUUACUUACUUCCUGCACCAGAGGACCGGCAUCGCUGUUCUCUGGACUGCUGUUGUCUCCGAGUGGCUCAACUUGGUGUUCAAAUGGCUGCUCUUUGGUGAACGUCCAUUUUGGUGGAUUCAUGAAGCAAAUGUCUAUGGCACAGAACAAUCUCAAGUCCAGCAGUUUUCCCUGUCGUGUGAAACUGGCCCAGGUAGUCCCUCAGGUCAUGCUAUGGUAACAGGUGCAACUUUGUGGGUCAUGACAUCUUCACUGUCCGCCUUUAUCUAUAGUCACUCCAGUAGUUUGGUUUUGAAGGUGACACCAUAUGGAUUAUACAUGCUUGUGUUGGCCGCGGUUGGUGUUUCCAGGAUCUUCAUCCUAGCCCACUUCCCUCAUCAGGUGGUAGCAGGGUGUUUUACAGGAGCAGCACUAGGUUUUUUGUCACAGUGGUAUGUUCCUGAACAGAAGAGGUUGCAUUUCUAUAUUACCAGCUCUCUUGGACUAUUACUGAGUGCUGUUGGUUUUUACUGGGGGCUUAUCAGUCUUGGGGUCAACCUUGCUUGGUCUGUCCGCCUUGCAAAAAAGUGGUGUAGCAGAGCUGAGUGGGUUCGGCUAGAAACUUUGCCCUUCUCAUCAUUAACACGGGACACAGGAGCAGUCCUAGGCUUGGGACUGGCCCUUCACUGCUCACUCUACACACAGAUCCAGCACUGGAAGCUAACCGUGAAACAGAAGGCAGCAUGUGGAACUCUGUGUCUAGUGAUUCUUCAUAUUGUGGAGUGCAUUACGCUCCCCAAAUUUUCUACCACCUUCUUCUACUUUCUCUUCUACCUGAAGUAUACCUUCUUCCCUGUGGUGGUCAUAGCAGUUGUUCCUUGGUUAAUAUAUACAAUGACAGAAAUAAAGAAAAAACAGUAAUCCCACCAUAUGAAGCAGUUGCAGUACAAAUCAGAUUUUAGUAAUAUGGUUAAAGAAAAGCGAAAGCUGCAUUCAGCUGUGUCCCAAAGUGUUUUAUUGUUAAGCAGACUGUACUUGACAUCAUGCACCUUUCUUUCUGUUAUGUUUUAAAACAGGAUUCCAUUGGUAUGCUGAAGUGCAACAUUUGGUCUAGUUAAUUUUACUGCCUUGGUGUUAGUAAACCUAAGAUAUACCACAAAGUAAAGAACAGAUUUCGUGGAACCUCUAGGAGCGGCUAUGUGCUUUUGCUAGGAGCUCUGCUUUCUUUUGUCUGUUUAUUGUUCUAACCUUUGUAACCACUUCCAGUUUGUAUCAUUUGAAAUGAUGAAAUAUGUGCAGCCAUGCAUAUAACAGUGCAGAAGUAUGCCUGUUGACUCAUGAAAUUAUCAGUAAUUUCUCCGUGUAUAGUCUGAAUUUUUUGUGGCAUCACUUGAAGUGAAAGGUUAGAAUGCCCAAAGGUAAGUAUAAUUAUUUUAAUGAGCCACAUUGCAUGUUAACAUUUAUGUGAUGCUUUUAGUUUACAGUAUUUUAGUUUGUAUAUAUUUUUAUCUAUUAAUUUUGCUAUUACAGCAAUGUAACCAGCAGGAUGCUGCUAAGCUUAUUUUCUAAUGCCCUGCUGUAAAGAUAACUGCAGUUAGUAAGAGGUCGAGUGCUUUUCUAACUUUGUUAGUCGUUUUGCAUUAUCAGUAGUAUUUGGUGCAAGCUGUUCUCAUAAGCAUUACCUAUGCUUUGUUCAUUUGUGUGGUGAGAGAUGUAUGUAUGAAUGUAUACAUAUGUGUGUGUAUGUAUGUAUGUAUUUAUUUCUGUGUGUGUGUAGCUAUAUAUAUACAUAACAGGGGUAUUGCCAUUCCACGUGAGGGGUAUAUGGGCUUGCCCCUCAUGUGUAAAAGCAUGAUUUUUGCCAUUUUUGUAUAUGCUGAGAAUUUCCCUUAGCACAUGCAUUUCGACAAGUCCAUGUUUUGUUGUUUAUAUUGACUGAUAUUUGGGUCUGUCAUCCUUACUUAGUAGGUGUAUAUGGGCAUAGUGGCAAUGAUCAUAUCACUGAAACAUCAACAUUGCUAACAUUGACCCUUUUUAUUGUCAACAAAAAAAUCAAGACUUUUUUUGCACAUGCACCAAGGUUAUUCUUUAGACCAUGCAAACUUUAUACCUGUGUUUUUGCAAUGGGGCAAGUCCCCUUACACCCCUCCCACACCCCCUGAUGACUAUUUAUUCCAGUUCAUAGUUGGCAUACUCCCCAGAGAAAGUGCAUAUUCCCCAAACCCAGGUAUUUUGCAGCCUUGCACAACUGUCGACCAUUUGUUUUGUCAACCAAAGUGGAUCAACAAAAUAAAGGUCACUUUAAACUUUAAUUGACUAGCUACACAUAACCUAUAUAUUUUAUAAAAUAUAUAUAUGUGUGUGUUUUAUUUACACUUUACCUAAUGCGUUUACCAUUCUUGAAUGUUAUAAUCCACAAUCCAUGGGCAGUUAAAUAUGUAAAUGGAUGAUGUAUGCAUAUUAUAUGUGGGUGGGUGGGGGUGUAUAUGUGUGAAAAUAUAUAAUGCAAGGUUGUAUAUGAACAUGAUCUUUGUGAGAAAGGUGUGUUCUAAAAUAAUUUUUUGUGCACUGUACAGAUGUAAAAAAUAUAUAUAUUUUUUCAAACUGGACAACAAUACUGCAUUCAAAUAUAUAGGUAGCUUAAACAUAACAAAAUAGCUUUGUACUGUUUCCAUACAGAUAUUUAGUAUAAAUGUUCCUGCAAAAUGAAUGUUGCUUUCAUUCUUGGUUGGCUUCAUUUCUGUUUUUUUUUUUAGAAAAAACAGAUUCUGUAAAUGACAGCAGGGUACUAUGUCACACUGUGUGAAAGUGACUGUUCUAUUUACUUUUUAGUUGCUUUUUUAAAGGAACAAAAGCUGUGUUCUUUAAUAUUAACAAAUAAAUAGAUGUGAAUGAGUAGAAAAA